GUUAGCAACGCAGUGUCAUCACACAUUCCUGCUGACGGCAGUGCUCCUGCCUCCCCCAUCCUGCCCUCUCUCAGCUCUCACCCCCACAAUAUCCUCUUCAUCCUUUUGGCUGUAGAAUCUAUAUCCACAGCAGAGGCUGAGCGUGGGGCUUUAUCCGGACACCAGGGCCUACACGGCCUACCACCCAGCUGCCCCUAAUCAUGGCAAGCGUGGGAAGGACUCCGCGGAAGAACAGCAGUGUGAGGAUGAUCGUACAGAACUCUGUGGAAUCGUCACCCCCUCCCAUAGUACGAGUCACCAUCCCAAAAGUACCUCUCACAAAGAAAAGCAAACAUAAAGAGCCACUGGCGCUAAUCAGACGGAAGAUGCUGGCAAAGAAUCAGGAAAUCCAGGAGAUCAAGAUCCUUGGUUAUGGAGAGGACAUGUUGCAUGCACAAGAGAGUCCUUCAUUGAUUCAUUCACCUGUACAUCAGGAAGACCUUCUGGAUGAUGAACUGUGCACAAGAUUUAAUGACAAUGAGGUGGCGACUCAGACAGCACCUGUCUAUUGCUUCAACACAAUGGAUGAAAUUGUAGAGUUUUUGAAUAGCUGUAACAAACAUGAGGACACAAGUCCUCAAGCCAUGUCUUUCUCUGAGGAACCCCCUGAUGAGCCAGGAGGGGAAGAAGAUACUUACUCAAGUGAUGACCACAUGCGCACAUUGAAGAUGGAGAUAGAAGAGGAUGAUGACCAACCCAUUGUCUCUCGUCUAUACCCAAACCCUCCCUGUUUCCCUGUUGUCAAACGUCGGCGGAAGCAGAGAUUUCAUUGUGAUUGGCAGGGCCCAGCUACUAUCAUCAGUUCACCCAACAUACCUGCUCAUGCCGCAGAACUACGAGUUGAUGAAGAGCUGGCUAUGUCAAUUCGCCGACAAGUAGAUGUCAACAACCCUGGGCCUUUUGGCUGGCAGCUAGCUAAACUGCUAUUCACAGAGGAUGAGCUUUAUGGGCAUAAUUUUAAUGGCACAGAUCAGAAGUUGCCCCUUAGCCCCAGAAGGAUCCAUGCCAUCCAGCAUGCUUUCCAUGACUACUUCCCUAAAGACAUUGCAGAUGAAGCUCUGGCCAAGGGACGCACUGCCAUUAAUCAAGGAAUAAGGAACAUGUUUUACAUUCGCAAUCGCAGGGAUGGUGAAUACACAUGAGACCAUCUCCUUUAAAGUCCUGACAGGGUCUGCUGCCUGUUUGAAAAAAUAAAUCAAGAACCACUUCCAAUAUUUGGAGGGGCAUAAGAUUAAAGUGGUCUACACUGGGUCUGAAUCAGAACGAUCCAACACCACUUGACUGUAAGUUGCGCCACAAGAACUUACAAAUGAUGUAUCUGUCCCUACCUUGUAGGACAAUCGGCCGGACUCCGGCCAGCCUAGCAGUGAUGCAGAGGACAGUUGGCUGCUGCAGUUAUCGCCUUAGCUUAGUUGUACUUUACCGAACUGUUAUUCAUUGUCAUGAAGCCUCCAAGGCAUCUCCUACAAGCACAUCACAUAUUUUAAGGAAGAUACUUUAUCUCUUUUACACUCUUUAUUUUUAUUCCAGUUGUAAAUGUUUGAGCCAUCGCUGGUCAUGUUAAAACCGGGCUGACAAAUAGCAGAUUAGAUUCUAUGCAGCAAACAGACUCACUCACUAUUCUGUUAAAUGCCAAGUAAAAGAACUAGAUCUUCACAAA